UAGCACGGAUGAACCGCCAGCGCAUUGGCCCUUUACUAAUGAUCGUAUAGGCGACGACGUUAGCCGCUGUCAGCUAGGGAGAAUGGCGGAUGAUAAUAAAAAGAACCAGUAACACCACCUGAGGAAGAAGCAGUUAUUCAAGCCAGAAAGGUGAUGCUAAAUUAAUAAUUUUUCUCAUAUUACUUGAAUACUAUCUACAAUUAGUAGUUUUAAGAAGUACAAUUUGUUGUUUCAACGCUAUACUGUUGCAGUUUCUAAGCGAUACUAUCGCUGCAUCUAUGCGUGUGCAAAGACCACGAAUUAAACUAAUAGCAGUUGUAAUUAUUCGCUUCAAACGUUCCAUGAAUUGAAAUUUCCGACAUUGAUUUAAAAUUUGGAAGAACACUAAAUUCUUGAGCUGACUGAAUAAAGAUAUUGUCUGCUGUGAGAAAGUGUUUGAAUUAUUAUUUCCAACAAACUCAAGAAUUUAUGGCUACUUCGAUGAUAAAUGAGAUGGAAAAUGCAGACAGCAGCUGUGCCGUUUGUGGACGUCCUGACUGGGCAGAAAAAAUGGUACAAUGUGAUAGAUGCGAUUGUUGGUACCAUUUCACCUGCGCGGGUGUCACCGAUUCGAUCGAAAAUCGCGAUUGGACUAGUACAGCAUGUCUACCGCUUGACGUGAGCAAUGGACCAGAAAGCGCAUACUCAAGACGUUCCUCAAAUGCUGCGUUUGAACUACAAAAAUUGAAGGAAGAGCAUGAGAUUACUAGGAAACGAUUUCUGCAAGAAAAGGCUUUGGAGAAAAAGCGAAUCGCUGAAGAAGAGGCAGCAGAUAGGAAAAAACUCGAGGAAGAGGAAAUUAUGGAGAGAACUUUCUUGAAAGAGAGAUAUGAACUUAGGAAGUCUCUGUUCGAUGCAAAAAGUGCUAGCGGAAGCGUAGUCAGCCGCAAGAGUAGCGGUCGAAAAAGCGUUGAAAAGGUGAAUCGAUGGUUGAAAACCGGUGGAGAAGCUGCUCUCAAUAGUACAGCUGAAGCUGAAAAUAAGGAGGUUUCGAAACCGAAUGCAUCCAAUGAAACUGAAUCGCCAAACAACACGACAGCCAGCUCUCAAAAUGAUAACCCCGCAUCUGUGUAUCAACAAUCUGAACCAACCUAUAGUAGUUCACUUCCCCGGCCACCAUCACCGUUUGAAUACGAUCCAUCUAAAGCCAGCGUACAAUACAAAUCUCAUCGUCGUGGCGCUAGGAUUAAAAACGUGUUACCACCAUUACCGCUUGAGUACGAUCCAUCGGAAGCCAGCAAACAAUACGAAUCUCGUUACCGUGACGCUAGGAGUAAAAACGUGUCGCCACCAGUGUUACAAAAAUCUAGCCGCAGAAAUAAUGUAUCAAAUUUGUCAGGUUUUAAAGAUGUGACACAUACUGGUCUAUCGCCGGCGCAGAUUGCAGCUCGCCGUGUUAUGACGAACGGGCUCCCUGAGUUCAGUGGGAAUCCAGAAGACUGGCCUGUAUUUAUCAGCCAAUUCAAUAUAACGACUGAAUGUUGUGGGUUCACUAAUGCAGAAAAUCUCAUCCGAUUGCAGCAAUGCUUAAAAGGAAUGGCUCGUGACUCCGUGCGCAGUCGAUUACUUCUGCCAAGCUCAGUACCACAAGUAAUAGAAACACUGAAAAUGCUCUAUGGCCGUCCUGCGUUAUUAAUCAAUUCUAUUAUACAGCGAGUGCGCAAUGCACCUGCUCCAAAGAUGGAGAAAUUACAAACGAUCAUAGAAUUCGGUAUGGAACUGCAAAGUCUAUGUGAUCACAUUAUCGCAGCGGAACAAGAAGCGCAACUAACGAACCCGUCUCUCCUUCAGGAACUGGAGGAUAAACUUCCCACGCACUUGAAACUCCAGUGGGCCGUUCAUAAGCAAUCGUUGGAAACAGUCACCCUGAAAAGCUUUACCGAUUUUAUGUCACACCUUGUUCUGGCAGCGAGUCAAAUAACAUCACUAUCUGAUCGCAAGGUCGAACGCAAUCGGGUAGAAAGAGAUCACAAAACGAAGCAACAAAACAGUAACUUUCUUAAUACCCACUCCGAGGUCGAAGAUCAGAUACCAGAGAAUACUCAACAUGAAACUUUUGACCGCAAAUGCCUGAUAUGUGGCGAAGUCAAUCACCGCGUAAAAGACUGUGAACAUUUCGCAAGGAUGACUGUUGAUGAGAGGUGGCGCAAAGUUGGUAGUCUCAAGAUAUGCCGUACAUGCCUUAAUCAACAUGGAAGACGGCGUUGUAGAAUCACGAUUCAGUGUGGCAUUGACGGAUGCCAAUACAAACAUAAUCGACUGCUACACAACAAAGUCGAAGAUACGGUAGCCUCAGAUAGUCUCAAUCACCGAGAUCAGACACCGAAAGCUUUCUUUCGAAUCAUGCCAGUAACAGUAUGUGGUAAAAAAGGAUCUAUCGAUACAUUUGCCUUUUUGGACGAUGGCUCAUCUUUAACACUUGUUGAGCAGUCGCUAGCGGAACAACUAGGAGAAAGCGGACCUCAAGGUGAACUUGUUUUGAAAUGGACUGGCAACGUAACGCGGCGCGAGCCAGCAUCGCAUGAAAUCGGAUUCGUUAUUUCGGGUCAAGCUAAAGAACAAUAUCAAGUGAAUCGAGCUAGAACGGUGACCGAAUUGAACCUCCCCAUACAAUCACUUGACAUACAUGAGUUGUCAAAAGCGUACCCACAUUUAAGGGGACUUCCGAUCCAAAACUACGAAAAUGCACAGCCUCGCAUUCUUUUAGGCCUGGAUCAGUUAAAGUUAUCCUUGCCAUUGAAACAUAGAGAAGGACGAGAAGGAGACCCAGUGGCUGCCAAAACUCGUUUAGGCUGGUGGGUGUUCGGUGGAAAGGGAGAAAAGGUGUUAACCGGAGUAUCUUGCCACAUAUUGGAAGUGGCUGAAAAAUCUCUACACGAUAUGGUGAAAAUGUACUUUGGACAAGAGGACGCAGGAAUCAAAUCGUUAAUGGCACUUGAAUCUAACGAGGAAAAGAGAGCGCGGCAAAUUUUGAAGAGUUCCACAAAACGUAUUCAAGGACAAUACGAAACUGGUCUUCUAUGGCGAUUCGACUAUUUUGAGCUUCCAGAAAGCUACCAUAUGGCAUUACAUCGACUAGAAUGUCUGGAGAGAAGAAUGGAAAAAAAUCCACACUUGAAAGAAAACAUUCACAGGCAGAUAAGUGAGUAUCAGACCAAAGGUUAUGCUCAUCGGGCCAAUCAGGACGAAAUUGCCGAUGCCGAUCCGCGGAGGGUAUGGUACCUUCCUCUAGGAACGGUCACAAAUAUACGGAAACCCGGAAAGGUUCGAUUGAUAUGGGACGCUGCAGCGAGCGUAGAUGGCAUAUCAUUAAAUUCAAUGCUUUUAAAAGGUCCAGAUCAGCUUUGCUCUCUGCCUGGUGCCCUGUUCCGUUUUCGACAACGCCCAGUCGCCAUUAGCGGAGACAUCCGCGAGAUGUUUCACCAGAUUCGUAUUCGCGCUGAAGAUCGUAAUGCUCAACGAUUCUUAUGGCGUCAUAAUCCAAAAUGUGAUCCAGAGGUGUACAUCAUGGACGUCGCAACUUUCGGGUCGACAUGCUCACCGUGUUCCGCGCAUUAUAUAAAAAACAAGAAUGCUACGGAUUUCGCUCACCGAUGGCCGAGAGCUGCAGAAGCGAUCAUCAAGGGUCAUUAUGUAGAUGACUACUUGGACAGUUUCAACUCUAUUGAGGAGGCCAAACGCGUUACUAUGGAAGUUACGUCGAUACAUCAGAAAGGUGGGUUCGAAAUUCGCAAUUGGUUGAGCAAUGUACCCGACUUAGUUCGCUCCCUCGGUGAAUCGCCUAUAGCAGUCGUAAAAGGCCUAGAUAUUGACAAAAGUGAUAUCAAGGAACGGGUGUUAGGUAUGCUGUGGAUGACUGGGGAAGACGUUCUUGGAUUUUCCACACAAAUGCGAGAGGAUAUAUCACUAAUCAUUCAAGAGAAUGUUAGACCAACGAAACGUCAAGUGUUGAGAUACACUAUGAGUCUGUUUGACCCGCUAGGGCUUCUGGCGCUAUUUUCCGUUCAUGGCAAAAUUUUGAUACAACAGAUAUGGCGCUCCGGGAUAGAUUGGGAUGAUAAAAUCGAAGACGAACAAUACGAGCUCUGGCAAAAAUGGACCUCUCUUCUUCCAAUAUUAGCUGACAUCCGAAUACCUCGAUGGUAUAUGCACAAUGACGUAACAGCGAGUGCAUUAUCUACACAACUCCACAUAUUUGUAGACGCCAGCGAAGAAGCCAGCAGCUGUGUGGCUUACCUGCGAUUUGUUUUAUCAGAAGACGUCAACUCAUGCGCCAUUGUUGCAGCCAAAACGAAAGUGGCUCCGCUCAAACCUUUGUCGAUUCCUCGCUUGGAACUUCAGGCAGCUGUCCUAGGAUCCCGAUUAUCUCAAUUUAUUGAGGAGAACCACUCGAUAAGCAUCGAUAAAAAAGUAUUUUGGUCAGACUCUAGUACCGUUUUAGCGUGGAUUAGAUCCGAUAGCAGGCGAUACACUCAGUUCGUGUCAUGUCGAAUAGGAGAGAUUCUUACUAUCACCGAGAUAGAUGAAUGGAGGUGGGUGCCCACCAAAUUGAACAUCGCAGAUAGAGCCACGAAAUGGGGCAAAGGUCCCGAUCACUGUUCGAGACAAUGGUUCGCAGGGCCCGAGUUUCUGUAUUUGCCAGAACAUCAAUGGCCAGAACAGCCAAAUGUAAGAGGUUUUCAUACAGAAGAGGAACAUAAAUCGUGCCAUGUACACUUGAUUGAGCACACUGAGCCUGUUAUACAACUUAACCAUUUUUCUCAAUGGAAGCGUUUGCUGAGGACUGUAGCUUAUAUGAACCGUUUUGUCCUUAACACAAGAACAACCAGAAACUCGCGUCUUACUGGAUGUCUCACGCAUGAUGAAAUAAUAUCAGCUGAAAAUAUCAUCUGGCGAAUUUGCCAACGGCAAAGCUAUCCAGUCGAGUAUGCCAUGUUAACAGCGAGUAAUGGAAAGACUACCCUAAACAAAACCAGCAGACUGUAUGGUCAAUGUCCUUUCUUAGAUAAAAAUGGAGUUCUAAGACGAUAUGGACGAAUCCCAAAUGACAUGAAAAUUGAUAUGGAUUUGAAAUUUCCCAUACUUCUUCCUAAAUAUCACACUGUUACACAGUUGCUGCUAAAUGAUUAUCACCGGAAAUAUCACCAUGCUAAUAAUGAAACCGUGGUGAAUGAGAUAAGACAAAAAUUUUAUAUACCUCACCUUCGAACAAUGGUUAGGAAAAUUGCCAGAGAAUGCCAAAUGUGCAAAAUAAGAAAAUGCCAACCAUUAAACCCAAUAAUGGCACCGUUACCCGCAGCGCGAUUAACUGCAUUUAUUAGACCAUUUUCUUAUAUUGGUUUGGAUUUCUUCGGGCCAAUGCUUGUAAAAAUAGGGCGUAGCAAUGUAAAGAGGUGGGUUGCACUAUUCACGUGCCUUACUAUUAGGGCAGUCCAUCUAGAAGUUGCUCACACCUUAAGUACAGAGAGUUGUAUAUCUUGUUUUCGAAGAUUCGUUGCGCGACGUGGAGCACCUCUUGAGGUAUACUCCGACAAUGGAACUAAUUUCAUCGGCGCUGAGAGAAUACUACAGAAGCAAAUCAAUAGUGGAUUAGCGGAGACAUUUACCAAUGGGAAUACUAAAUGGAUUUUCAACCCCCCUGCAGCUCCCCACAUGGGUGGAGUAUGGGAACGAAUGGUUCGUUCCAUCAAAUCAGCAAUGAUUGGUAUAGAGAGUUCAAGAAGGCUUAACGACGAAGCCUUUCUAACAUUAUUAGCGGAAGCUGAGGGAAUUGUUAAUUGUCGACCGCUAACUUACAUUCCUUUGGAAACACCAGAGCAGGAGGCCUUAACUCCCAACCAUUUUUUACUGGGAAGUUCUAGUGGAAUAAAACAGCCCGUUGCACAACCAACCGACUCGAGAAAUGCACUACGAUCUAGCUGGAACCAGAUCCGUCAUCAAGCUGAUUUGUUCUGGAAUCGAUGGCUUCGCGAAUACCUUCCAACUAUAUGUAGGCGAACUAAAUGGUUUGAAGAGACACGACCGAUCGAAGUCGGAGAAUUAGUUUAUAUUGUGGACGGAGCAAAACGAAACUGUUGGAUCCGCGGCAGAGUUAUUGAAACAAGGCGAGGCAAGGAUGGAAUAGUUCGAAAGGCACUCGUUCAAACCUCCAGUGGAAUACUGAUACGACCGGCUUGCAAGCUGGCGAUUCUAGACGUUCUGCAAAAUGGUAAAACUGUGUCUGAUACGCAGUGUUACGGGCGCGGGGAUGUUAGCACGGAUGAACCGCCAGCGCAUUGGCCCUUUACUAAUGAUCGUAUAGGCGACGACGUUAGCCGCUGUCAGCUAGGGAGAAUGGCGGAUGAUAAUAAAAAGAACCAGUAACACCACCUGAGGAAGAAGCAGUUAUUCAAGCCAGAAAGGUGAUGCUAAAUUAAUAAUUUUUCUCAUAUUACUUGAAUACUAUCUACAAUUAGUAGUUUUAAGAAGUACAAUUUGUUGUUUCAACGCUAUACUGUUGCAGUUUCUAAGCGAUACUAUCGCUGCAUCUAUGCGUGUGCAAAGACCACGAAUUAAACUAAUAGCAGUUGUAAUUAUUCGCUUCAAACGUUCCAUGAAUUGAAAUUUCCGACAUUGAUUUAAAAUUUGGAAGAACACUAAAUUGUAAGUUGCUAUCAUACUUCAUCAUAACCUUAUACUAAUAGAAACCAUUCCAGCUUGAGCUGACUGAAUAAAGAUAUUGUCUGCUGUGAGAAAGUGUUUGAAUUAUUAUUUCCAACAACUAGCAACACGGAU